UCUCUGCGGUUGCGCGUCAGCGCUCAUUGGCUGCUGGAGAUAAUCGGUCAACAGAGGACCGGAGGGAGACAGGAGGGCACAGGGCAGCAUGUUUACAGCUGCGUACAGUCUGUAAACCAUCGACCCGCUUUACUUAAUUUCAUCGGACGCGUGAAACUCGUCUGAAGGACGUCGACGAUCAUGUUUCUGCGCCGCGCAGGGAGUGUGUGUGCAGCGGCUCUGGAUCGGGCUCUCAGCUCACCGGGCUCCAAAGCAAACAGACUGAGGCACGUCACUUUGACAUUACGCAAAGGCCACACGUAUCAGUGUCGCCGGUCUGUGUGUGUGUCUGUCGGAGUUGUCGAUUCAACACUUGCGCACCUGGAAAAGCAACACCCGGACCCACCUCCCGUGCAGACCUGGGAGUCGUCUGGUUUUGUAAUCACGGACUGGAGACACUUGGACCGGGUGGCCUCUGUAGCGGUGAAUCUCGCUCCGAGCGCGCAGAGAGACGGCGGGUGUUCAGAUAACAUCAGGCCGCCGCUCGCUCAGGCACAAAGUAGGAGGAGGAGGGGGGAGCCGGGGGGUGGUGUUCUGUUUACAGGUAACUGGGGAGUUUCCAGUCUCUGCUGCACCGGGACCAUGAACAUCAGAGCUUUGUCCACCGCUCCUGCCGCGAAGAAGAGCGACGCCGCCGAGGAGCAGACCACCGCCGGCAACAAAGGGGACGAGCAGAAUUUAAAGGAGGCCUCUUCUACAUCCACGUCUACAGAAAAGGCCCCGGGGGAGCCCGAGCCGGAGGGAGAGAAACCCACCAAGACCCAGCAGCUAAAGAAAGUCUUCAAGGAGUAUGGAGCGGUGGGAGUUUGCUUUCACAUCGGGAUCUCCCUCAUGUCUCUGGGAAUGUUCUACCUCCUUAUAUCCAGUGGGAUCGAUAUGGCAGCCAUGCUGUGCAAACUGGGCUUCAGCGAGGCGGUCGUUCGCUCUAAAAUGGCGGCAGGAACGAGCACGUUCGUCCUGGCCUACGCCAUCCACAAACUAUUCGCUCCGGUUCGCAUCAGCAUCACUCUGGUGUCUGUGCCUCUCAUCGUGCGCUACUUCAGAAAGACUGGUCUCUUUAAACCGCCUACACCUGCACCCUGAUGACCCUCCUCUGUUCCUCCGCUGCUUCAUUACGACACAAACAUCCAGACUGUUAAUGGUCAUAAUUAAAAUGUCUGUAUAUAUAAUUACACAUUUGCCUUCAGCUACAAACGCCUCAUCUUCUCUCGUUGCAUUUGUGAAUUCAGGGAAAAUCUUUCCUACAUUAGUUCCAGUUGUGACAGAAUCAAACGUGAAAAUGUUUCUGUAUAAUUUAAAAAUAAGGAGUGAACUGGCUCUACUACUGUGUUUGGAGUUGUGUGUUAAAUGUGUAUUCACGAAGGGGUGGAAAUUAUUUCUAAACAAUCUGAAGUGUGAUCAGGGAUUUUAAGUUUUAGUCCUGAGCUCUUUCAGUGGGCAGGUUUUUCUCUUAAUGCUGUGAAGGUUCCCCACAGGGACGAGUGGAAAAAGCUGAUCUCUCCUCUGCUGCUCCCCGAGAGCUGACGAGGCCAUGUUCUGGUGUUAUGUGAAUCAGCAGAAUAAUUCAGGUUCUCUCUGUCUCCUACCUCUGUCCUCCCUCCACACUCAGCCCCGACUCUUUCUCUCCUCUCCCUCUGUAUUUUCUGCUGUUGUUUUGCUGCCCUCCUUAUUUUCCCUCUCAACAUCUCUCCUGGCAUCCAUUUUCCUCCUGUCCCUUCGCUGUUGUUCCUCUCCUCCAUUUUCUCUCUCUCGUGCUCUCUAAUUUUGCAAAUGCCACUGCCCAAGCAGUAAUUGCAAGCACAUUAAUCUCAGAGUGGAGCUGAGUGUAGUUCACUGCGAGCUUUGGAUGAAGACUGUUGGUUUUUGAGGGUUUUGUUCUGAUUGGACCUUAUUUAACUAUUAAAGUUUCUCUUUUAUA